GAGUGUUGGACUCCACCGGAAAGCCAGCCAUGAUUGAGAAUUUUUACUUCCAUGGAUCAUUUUCAACCGCAAGACCUCGGCUCCGCACGAUAGAGAAGACCGAGAGAUGAGCAGCGCAUUUUUUGGCGCAGGAAGCUCUACGUUGCCGCUCUUCUUCCAAUCCGCUUCGCCCACCUCUGCGGGCUUCACUCCCAUUGAACGCAUUCCACUUGCCCCGAGCUUCGGCUCGUAUUUCCCCAUCAACCCAAGCUCCAAGCGUUUGAGAUCAAUAUGCAAAGAUCGCAGCAGAGAUUCUGCUGGAUUCGAAAAUGAUGCCAGUGAUGCAGGAGUGUCGGAUGAAGAGGAGCACGAGUAUUGGGUCUCAUCGCCGUCGGCUUCCCCGUACCAGAUUCUUGGCAUCGAUCCUGCUUCUUGCUCCCCCGCCCGACUCAAAUCCGCCUUCCGUGCCCGAGUUAAAGAAUUUCAUCCCGAUGUGUACAAAGGAGCAAGUAAUUCAGAUGAAAUUAUUCUUCGAGUAAUAGGUGCAUAUGAGAUAUUGUUGAAGCAUUUCCAGUUUGAAUCUGUAGAGAGGUCUUCAGACCCAUUUGAAGAACCAGAAUCUGAGGCUUUUGAUAUCUUUGUUAACGAGCUCCUAUGCAUCGGAAAAGGCUGCUCGUAUUCAUGUGUAAAACGGGCACCCUAUGCUUUCUCAUUUACUCUCGAGAGUGGCACAGCACGAGUGGUAUCUCAAGGUCAUGUUGAUGAUUACCAAGUUCAGCUCGCUGUUGGACAAUGCCCCAGAAAAUGUAUCCAUUAUGUCACCUCUUCCCAGAGAGUAAUUUUGCAGGAUGUGCUACAAAGGGUGUUGAAUAAUCCUUUCGAUUUGGGUGAAGCUGCCUUCCUCGAAUCACUCAUUUCGAAGGCUAUUUUGAAGAACAGAAGGUAUCAAAAGCCAAAGAGGAAACCAAAGAGUGAUGCACAGUAUGUGGAUUGGUCUUGAAGCUGUUUAAGUUUUUUUUAAGCUUUUAAUGAAAAGCCUGAGGUUGCAGAUUUUGUUAGCGAAAUUAACUAGCCAUUCCUCACAUCCUUGGCCUCACCUAAUGAUUUUAUAUUGUAUGGUUAUGAUAGAUAUCAUGAAAUUUGAUAUGGUCCUUUGACUUUCAUCUCA